UACGCUAUAAAAUGUUUUUAACGCCUUUACUGCUUUGUAAAAACACAGAUUAUUGUUCUCCCUACUUAAUAAGGCAUCGGUAGAGCUGGAUUACAACCAUUUCUUGGCCGUCUUUGUAUUGGUUUUCGUUUUUUCCUCUGCAUUAAUCGGUGGUUCGGAGCCGUUUUUUCUUUGUUAAAUUCCGUUCACAUUUUGAGCAAAGCCCACGAAUUUCAUAGAUGGCUUAACUCCCCGAAAUGAUAAGGAUUCUCUAGUAGACCAAAACUUUUCUUGGUUGGCCUUGAUAAUCCAAACAUUUCAUUUGGGUACCUCUGGAAUUGAUUGGCUCUGGGGAAAAAUCAGUGCAAACCCUGAAAAGAGUCUUGGAGAAUUGAUACAAAUUCAACUUGGGUAUGUGAAUAGAAACCUAUUUAGAGAUUUGUGUGCAUUGGGCUUUGUGGGUGGCAUGAGGCUCGAAGGUGAAACGGUGAUGGUGACUUCUAGGGUUCCUGUUGUGGGGGAUUGGGGGAGAAGUAUCAAGAAAGAAUCCGUGCAGGAAGUGCUGUUGAGGAGAGAAGACGACUGGGAGAGUGCUUCUGAUAGGGAACAGAGGAUGUUGCAAAUGUGCCCCUCCUCAAAAACUAGUUCCAAUCAUUUGGUUGGUGCUCAGCAGAAGUUGGUUGUAGGGUAUGCCCUCACAUCUAAGAAGGUUAAGAGCUUUUUGCAGCCCAAACUCGAAGGACUGGCUAGGAAAAAAGGCAUUACAUUUGUUGCAAUAGACCGGAACAAACCUUUAGAUGAGCAAGGGCCAUUCGAUGUUGUCUUGCACAAGCUGUCAGGAAAGGAUUGGCGACAGAUUCUGGAGGAUUAUAGGAAGGAGCAUCCAGAAGUAAUAGUUCUUGAUCCUCCAGAUGCAAUACAGCAUUUGUAUAAUCGUCAGUCAAUGCUCCAAGAUGUUGCUGCUUUAGACCUGUGUGAUCAUGAAGGUAAAGUCGGUGUUCCAAAGCAACUGGUUAUAACUGGUGAUCCAGCAUCAAUUCCUAACGCUGUUUCCAAAGCAGGGCUAAAGUUGCCGCUGGUGGCCAAGCCAUUAAUGGUAGAUGGUACUGCAAAGUCACAUGCGUUGUCACUAGCAUAUGAUCAAUUCAGUCUCUCAGAGUUAGACCCUCCUCUUGUGCUCCAGGAGUUUGUGAAUCAUGGUGGCGUGCUUUUCAAGGUAUACAUUGUAGGGGACACUAUUAAAGUAGUGCGCAGAUUCUCUUUACCUGAUGUGGAUGUAAGUGAAUCUUCGGGCUAUGGAGUGAUUCCAUUUCCAAGGGUGUCAAGUGCUGCUGCGUCAGCUGAUGAUGCAGAUUUAGAUCCAUGUAUUGCAGAGUUGCCUCCAGUCUCUUUGCUCAAUAAACUUGCAACUGAACUCCGGCAAAGACUUGGACUUCGACUCUUCAAUCUUGACAUUAUACGUGAGCAUGGAACAAAAGACAACUAUUAUGUUAUUGAUAUCAAUUAUUUUCCUGGCUAUGGAAAAAUGCCUGGAUACGAGUUUAUUUUCACAGAUUUUCUCUUAAGCCUUACACGAGGCAAGCAACACAAACUUCCUGGAGCUGCUAUUUGCUCUGUGGACAGUAUCAACUGCUGAUAGGUUGACCAAGAAUUCAAAUUUCAUGUCUUCCCUCUUGUUUUGGGUUGCUAAUAUCAGGCUCAUGUAUAGGAAUUUCACAGAUUCUUCCAGUAUGACAGAGAUACAGCAUUGACUCAAUUUCUGGAUGAUAUAUUUUUUCCAGAUAUCAUCACUUUGCAUGGCCCAAUGCAUUCAUCAGGUAUCUUACUUUGCUAAAGGGUUCAUGCCUAUUGUAUUUUGAGUGCAAAGCUUUUUUCUUGCAGAGGUCAUCUCUGUCUCUGCUUAAAUCAGAAUUUAGGAUGGGUGGAGGCAGGUUCUCUCAGGCAAUCCAGAGUCAUAAGCGAAGGGAAGUGUAACUACAAUUCAAGAUUCUUAACAAGAUAUUUUUCCUUUCGAGGUUAAAUUUUCAGAAGAAAAAUAUAGCCUUGCUCUCCAAUUGUAAAUGAACUACAUUUGGUUGAAUAUUUACAGUUCUAUUCUCUGCGUUCCUGACGUGAUGAUUUGUUAGAUUUCUGGGUUUGCACCAUCUAGCCGCCAUUUUUUGUUGCACGAUUUUAAUUUGAUUCGUGUCAUGUUUAUUCUUAAUUCACCUACACUAAUUUGAAAAUGCUAAAACCUCGGAAAUAUAGAAUGCCAAACCUCUGAAUCAAGUUUUCUUUUGCAGCCUUUGCAGUUGGCCUUCACUUGGUCAUGGAUUGUCCGUCAAGGCAAAAUCACUGUUUCUAUGUAUACAGACAUUCUCAUUUGUGUGGCCUGCACCCUUAGCUGGCAAGCAAAGAUGGAUUUAUUUUGCAUAAUAAUUCUAUUAAUUAUUUUGCAUCGAGAAGGUUAUUUGUUUUAUACUGUGUAGUAUGUUGCAUUCUGGUAAUCUUCUUGGUGCUGAAGUUCUUGUACAUAUUUGUAAUCACAUUAUUGAUUAUUCACAUUGUUCCAGAUUUGUUCUAUUGAUUAUUAUGAAAUCAUGUUAUUCUUAUA